AUGAAACCUGCACCCUCCAGGCCUGAAUCCCGCCGCUCACCCAGCGGUGCAACACUUCAGUCUGUGGCCAGGAAUGCUCCCUCACGCUCCGAGUCACUAGCAUCUGUUGCCUCGACAACAUCUCGCCAGUACAGACCUCCCGUAAGCGCCACACCAUCCGUUAGAUCUCUACAUGCCGAGCAGUCAGCGCACAAAACUCCGAGUGCCGGCCAAUUACCAAAGAAACCCGUCAGCAGCAAGAAGGCAACACCAACUAGAUCAUCAUACCUGGUGUCUAAGAAAAUCCAGAUAUCUGCCAAAAGACGCGCUGAGGGCCGCGUUAAAGUCCCACAAAAAAUCAGAGGCAGCUUCAAGGAGUUUUGCUUCUCAUCCAAUGGGGUCUUGAAGGUCUUGAGGAUGUGUAUUAUUGCAGCAUCCGUGUUUUGUUUCAUCAUUGGUGGCAGCCAGGACAUGUUUAUAGCAAUCACGAUUCAGGAAACCUGCAUCGUCCUAUUUUUUAUCAUAAUAUAUUUGACAACCCUUCAACACUUGCUGAUCUGUGUACACUGGCCUUUGCUUGAUCUUAUCAACAGUUUGAUUUCAGCUGUAUUUCUUGGAGGAGUGGCUGUAGUAACAAUUAAAGAAAAGGGAAGAAAGCAAUUGUUGUAUAUUGGAGGGGAGACCUCACCCACAGGUUAA